UUUAUGCAACAAAUUAAAGGUGGUGUCGAUGACAAUCAAAAACAACUAAACAUGAUCUAUCAAGAAAUUGUAUCAAUUCAAACACAUAUGCAACAAUCCGAAAAAAAACCAUCAGAAUCAAUGAAAAUUAAUUCUCCUCAAAUUGAUCCAAAUCAAUUACAAAAUCCAGAAAUAACUUUAGAAGAAACUAAACGAAAAUAUUCCCUUUUCUCCGGUCAUUUCUCCGGUCACUACUCCGUCAUAGGCCAAUUCGAUUUUGAUUUAGCGUCGGUUAAAGAAUUUGGUAUAAUGAAUAAGGAAAUUUCCUCUGAUAGUAACGGUACAUAA